GUGCUCCUUAAGGCAAUAACAUAGAAGUCGAGAGGUAUGGCGCAAGGAAGUGAUCUAAACUUUAAAGGAAGAAAAACCUCAGAAAAAAUUUUAGAAAAUGUUCACAUAUUCGCCAACGAUCCGUCCUUAGCAUUCUUUCGAAUUCAGGAACACAUUCGCAAGGUGCUGCCUGCAAUCAUAGAGAAACGAACCGAAGUUCUUAGCCUACAAAGCAACUUGCAAGGGCAUUGCUUCGACAUGGAAUACGGUGUGCAAGCAUUAAAGUCUAUAGAAAAAUCUGAAAGCACUUUUUAUAAUAUACAAGAAAUCUUGAAGACUUCAAUAUUUUUAAAACAACAGCUAAAGUAUGAAGAAAAUCGGAAGAAAACAAAAAAGGACAGCAUAAAGAACUCUGUAUAUAAACGAUUUUCUGCACAUCUUGCAUUAGAUCUUCCAGAUUUAUCUGAUUUUAGUGGCGUUAUGCGUGACACAACCCAACGAAUGGAGACAAUAAUAUCAACAGGGCAAGCUCGACCAGACACUUCAACGGCUCAACCUAAUUCAGUUGAGUUUCAAAGGUCUCACACAACUUUACAUUAAUUGCUGUAUUUUACAGCUAUGCUUAAAAACUUGAA